GGUGGCGGCAGCGGCAGCGACAGGGGUGUCCGAGGAGAGUUCGCGGCUGGGCUUGUGAGGCCGGCCUGCGCUCAACUCAGUGGGGCUUGUGCCCGCCUGAGCGCGCGCGGGCGCGUGUGGGGGGGUGCGUGCGCGCGCGCGCACACACACAGGGGGUGGCCUGAGCUUUUACUUCCACCUAUUGCUAGCUGUGGUUCUGGUGCAUCUAAAAGAGCCAUCCCUUGAGUCAUUUGACCACCAAUGCCUGAUGGCCCCAGGGCACAUUCAAGAACCUGUUCUUCUAUUUUGGAGGCAGAUUGAGAGGCCAUUAGGUUGUAGUUGGCAAAAUAUGCAGCAGACAGUGUGACUCCGUGAAAAGAGCUACAUCUUUCCUCACCUUCAUCUAAAGUCACUAAGGGCGAGCAAAGAAACCAGCACCUCGGAAGGUCUGUCCCAAGAAAGAAAUGUCCAGGAAAGACUGAGAUUUUUGGCAUCCUUUGGUAGAUUGGUUUCUCAUGCAGCCUGAACCAUGGCCGCAAAUGGUACAAAUACUGGUUCAACUAGCAACCACACAACAAAAUCGCAACUUGGAAUAAAAGUCAUUUGUGCAAAGCUGAAAGAAAAUAAGAAGAACUGGUUUGGGCCCAGUCCCUAUGUGGAAGUGGCAGUCGAUGGUCAGUCGAAGAAAACUGAGAAGGUUACCAACACACACAAUCCCAAGUGGAAACAGCAUGUCACAGUGAUUGUAACACCAUUCAGCAUGAUCACUUUCAGAGUGUGGAGCCAUCAGACCCUGAAAUCGGAUGUCCUCCUCGGCUGUGCCACUCUGGAUGUCUGCGAGACAUUAAAGUCUAAUAACAUGAAAUUUGAUGAUGUGGUUAUAAAGUUACCACUCUCAAACGAGCGAGAUAUUGUGGAUGGGGCAAGUGAACUUAUUGUGUCCUUGGAUGGGUUAACUGUUGAUCCAGAAGUCUUAACUAAUGGUGACAUUGCAGCUGCAACAAGUAACUCACCAAAUAAGACUUCCAGAUGUGGCAGUGAGGCGUAUGUUUUAAACCCAUCAAGUACAAAUGGAGAUGCCAUCUCUCAAGAAGGAUCAUCAGAAACGAGGUCUGCUGACGAGUGUAGCAUGAAUGGCAGAAGCACACCAUCGCCUUCUCCAAAAUCAUCAAAGCCAACGAGACCUCCAAGACCUUUGCGACCUCCACCAGCCACCCCAUCCAGACCUCUGAGCACAGCAGCCUGUGAAAAUGGAUAUCCUGUUCCCUUGGAGAAUGGCCCUUCUUCUACUGUCCCAUCUACGACCAGCACUGUGCCUGCAGCUGUAGCAACAAGCGAACUGGAUGCAACACCCAGUAGCUGUGCAGCACCACCUGCUACAUCUAUAUCUCCUGGUGACCGGGCGUUAAAUACAGUGAACAAAGGUCCACUUCCACCUGGCUGGGAGCAGAGGGUGGAUCAACACGGCAGAUUGUAUUUUGUAGAUCACAUUGAAAAACGAACAACGUGGGAAAGACCACAGCCAUUGCCUCCAGGCUGGGAGCGGAGAGUUGACGAGAGGCACAGGAUUUACUAUGUUGACCACAUCACCAGGACGACCACAUGGCAGCGGCCUACGGUAGAGUCAGUCAGGAAUUUUGAGCAGUGGCAGUCACAGAGAAAUCAGCUUCAGGGAGCCAUGCAGCAGUUCAACCAGAGAUUUAUUUAUUCGUAUCCUGAGCAGGUAGUGCCAGCUGAAUUUGACCCACUUGGCCCCUUGCCAACUGGAUGGGAAAAGAGAACAGACAGCAAUGGUAGAAUGUACUUUGUAAACCACUUAACACGUACCACUCAGUGGGAGGAUCCUAGGACAGAAGGCACUCUCAAUGAGAAGCCCUUACCAGAUGGAUGGGAGAUGCGCUUUACGGUUGAUGGCGUUCCAUACUUUGUGGAUCAUAACAGAAGAACAACAACUUACAUUGACCCACGCACCGGAAAGUCAGCACUAUUGAAUGGUCCAAACAUAGCAUAUGUGCGUGAUUUCAGAUCCAAAGUUUCUUAUUUCAGGUUCUGGUGUCAGCAACUGGCUGCACCUCAGCACAUAAAAAUAACUGUGACCAGGAAAACCUUAUUUGAGGACUCAUUUCAGCAGAUUAUGAGCUUCAACCCUCAGGAUUUGCGAAGACGAUUGUGGAUUAUUUUUCCAGGAGAGGAAGGUUUAGAUUAUGGAGGUGUGGCAAGAGAAUGGUUCUUUCUACUUUCCCAUGAAGUUUUGAACCCCAUGUAUUGCCUCUUUGAGUAUGCUGGGAAGGAAAAUUAUUGCUUGCAAAUAAACCCAGCAUCUUACAUCAACCCAGACCAUCUGAAGUACUUCCGGUUCAUAGGUCGGUUCAUAGCAAUGGCUCUGUUUCAUGGGAAAUUCAUUGACACCGGAUUUUCUCUCCCAUUUUACAAACGCAUGCUGACCAAACCCAUAGUAACCAAAGAUUUGGAAUCUAUUGAUCCAGAAUUUUACAACUCCCUCAUUUGGAUAAGGGAGAACAGCCUAGAAGAAUGUGGCCUGGAAAUGUAUUUCUCAGUUGACAAGGAAAUUUUAGGUGAAAUACAAACCCAUGAGCUGAAGCCUGAUGGCAACAAUAUCCUGGUGACUGAGGAAAACAAAGAAGAAUAUAUUGGGCUUGUAGCUGAGUGGAGACUAUCACGAGGCGUUGAAGAACAGACACAGGCAUUCUUGGAGGGAUUUAAUGAAGUGCUUCCUCUCCACUAUCUUCAAUCGUUUGAUGCCAAAGAAUUGGAGGUACUUCUUUGUGGAAUGCAGGAGAUAGACUUGAAUGAUUGGCAGAGAAAUGCAAUCUAUCGUAACUAUACCCGUAACAGCAAACAAGUGGUCUGGUUUUGGCAGGUUGUGAAGGAAAUGGACAAUGAGAAGCGAAUGCGUCUGCUGCAGUUUGUCACAGGAACAUGCCGUUUACCAGUUGGUGGUUUUGCUGAUCUCAUGGGGAGCAAUGGUCCUCAGAAAUUCUGUGUUGAAAAAGUAGGGAAGGAAAACUGGCUGCCAAGAAGCCAUACCUGUUUUAAUCGUCUGGAUCUACCACCAUACAAGAGCUUUGAGCAACUGAAGGAAAAGCUGUUAUUUGCAAUCGAAGAAACUGAAGGUUUCGGACAAGAGUAACUACUAAUAUGUAUAAUAAUCUUGUCAGGAAAGAGUACUGUGCUGUCAUUUAAGAGAUUCUGUAAAGGAGGAAUGCAUUUCAUUUCUUGUGCUUUACUUUCCAGUAGACAUCUGUUUAUCCAGACAUGUCAAGACUGUCUAUUUGUGUUGGAAACCCUGUGGGGAAUGGCUGAAAAGCUUUUGUCUUGGCUUUGUCACUCUGUAUUUACAAGCUGAAGAACCUAAUAUAAUGAGGAUAUUGUACAUGCUUAAAUAGAAUUAAUGUGCUGUGAUAAAUAGUUUAAAAAUGUAGUGUGUUCAUUUGUGUUGUCUGUGAAGGAGCAGCCAAGCUGAUCCCCCACUUACACAUAGGGAUACAGUUGGCUGCUGCUGAUAAUUUAAAGAUGAUCGGGAGAGGGCUUCCUGGAAUUAAUAGCAUCUUAUAAUUGGCCCUGAAGCAGAGCUGGAAAACUUGUCAACUAACCAGACGCAUGUUCCGUUGAUGAGCUAAGUAACAAACCAGAUUGUGUAUAUUCCUCCUAUCAUUUUUUUCCUCCUUUUUGCUUUCUGCUUGUACCACAUUCUUUGUGUCCUCAUGGCCCAUUACAGCAGUCUCCUCUCUCCCCACCCCCAAUUCAGUCUUUGCCAAAAGAUGUAUUCAUACUUCAUUUUGAGAUUAAUUUAAGUUCACGUCAAUGUUUUCAAUUUUACUUUAAGCAAGUGGAGUGAAAUUCAGGGAGUCCUUACCAUGUGACAAAUUCUUAUUGAAAUGUUUUUUCCAGCACUGUUGAUACUUGAAAGAUAGGUGCAGGCUACUGUUUGGUGAACAGAUGUCUACUCUACCGUUGCACCUUUUAUUGAUUUUUUUUAAACAGCCUCUUAAAACACCCUGUACCAGUAGCACUCAUAAUCCCAGAUAUAUUCUUCCUCCUCUGUAUAAAGAGUAGCUAGAAAACAGAGGCUUUUGCCCUAUAUUUUUAAAGGAUUGAGAUAUGUAGAUCAAUCAUAGCUCUAGUUUUAUAGAGCUUGAUUGGGAAAUAUUUUUAUGGUAUGUGUGCUGUCACCUCUGAUUCAGGAAGGGCUGCUGUAUAAUAAUAUGUCAUCUUUAGUUAGAAGUUGAGCUUUUCCCAUUUUCUCUCAUUCUUGCCAGUACAACCUUUAAAAUAACCUCUGAGGACACAAGUGACACUCCCCAUAUAUCCAACCCCAACGUUCAAUUUAGGCAAGUAGCACUCCAGGCCACAUUGGCAUUUCCUCUGUUUCUACUUCAUUUACUGUUAGUUUAUGCAUCUGAAAAUUAUCAGCAGUGUAGAACACUUUGCAAGUGAGAUGGUUAUACAUUUCUGAAAUGGGGAGAGGGUGGGGAAGGAACAUUGUUUAAAACAAUAGUAACAUUCAGAAGUAACCUUUCAGUGACUAAGCAUUCUGUAUGACCAGGACUAAUUGUACAGCAUCUUUAUAUAAUUCUCUUUUGGCCAUAAAUGUUUACUUUAUAUAUCCAUUUGUGAAAAAGUUUCUACUUUCUAAGAACCUUCCUAACAAUCCCUGGAUGAUGAGCUUUAAAAUGGCACUAUAUAAUCGGGGAGAGUCGCUUUCAUUAAGAUGGCAUUCCCCUGUCACUUUCUGAUGUCUCAUCCCAGUUCCUAAUUUAGAACAUCUAGUGUUUGAUCAUCCAUUACAAUCCACCCAAACAAAAGAUUUAAUUGAAUUUCAUUGAGAGGAGUUUUUGUAUAAGAGGGCAAGUUUAUAACUUUUUUAGCUGAUAGAGCAUGUCUCCAAAAUCACCUCCAGAUUAUAUUUGUGUUCCAAGAUUCUGUUUAUAAUCUAACCUACAUUAGAUAAUUUCAGCUUGGAUCCGCAAGAGUGUGAGAAAAAGCCUCGGCCAAGGUUAUUUUUUUUCGGAUUACCGUCUAGAGUGAUCUUGCUGAAAAAUGUGUGUAUGUGCAUUUUGGUGAGGACAAAACUGAGCUUGGCGAAAUUUCUACAAACGCUUGUGUAGGCUCACGGAUGCAUUGCCACUUAGGAUAGUUGACACCCAUGGGACUAUACCCCAGAAUAAAUUGAUGGUUUGAGGGAAGGAGGACAAAAAAAGAAUUGCAUGUGGCAGUGGUGUCAAAGAUUACAGCAAGCGAUGAUCAGUUUCUGCAGUGUUAACUGAAUGGACCUCUCAGAUUAUUGAGAGGGCUUUGGUACAAAUUAGUUUGAAAAGUUGUUUGCAACUUCCAAUGAUUUUUUUAAGUUUGUCUUAUAGUUGGGAAGAUCUGGCCUUUUCCAGUUAAAAACAAAAAUAAGAAAGCUCUGGGCGCAGUUUACUUCCCAGCUAUUUGUAAUCUCUCUGGCCUGAGAUUUAGGACCAGCACCUGCUUUCAAUGUAGGAUUUAAAUUACUCCAUCAGCAUCUACUCUAUAAAAUAGUGUAUACCCUUUCGACAAUUCAAUGGGAUCAAUCCUCUCUUCCCUCCCCUACCUUCCAAAAGGCUGUAUAUAAAAGUAAUAGUACUGAAUCAGACAAACUGGAAGUUGCUGGCUGCAAUAAUUGGUUUCUACUGACUUUGUUAAUCUCAGCGAGGGGUAUUGGUUACAUUUAGCAAUUAUUUAAGUGCUCCUGGGUAGGAAGGGGCAAUUCAGUCAGGAUCCUGCUCUUCUUCAGUAUCCUGUGAAUUAUGCUGGAAAGUGUGUGUGUUGUGUGUGGGAGGGUGUGUGUAGGGGGGGUUGGGAUGUGUGUGUGUGUUGAGAUCUGUUGAGGACCAAACACAGUCCCGUUGUGAUGCACUCCAUACUUGAAUUGUCCCUGAACACCCGCUGUCUAAGCUCAUAUGAAAUGCAACUGCUUAGGUGAGGACUGAAGCUAGUGGAACUACUCCAGCAAGAGUCAGUACUUUCAGGACAGGGUGAGGGCAGUCAGGAAAAUCAGUUGUCUUAUUUUUAACAAAACCUGUUCUUAAGCUAGGAUAUAUUUGUAAUAUAUUUUCACGAUUUAUCAAUAGUUAUAAAUUAUGUAUAUAGGGAUCAAGGGUAGAUAGGUUUUUUUUUCAGUUAAAACCUGCCAAUUGUAGUAAGUUUUGACUUCAGUUUGCAUUGUAAGUAAUCACUGAGUUUCCAGUUUUAAGCAAUCACUGAGUUUCCAGUUUUAAGUUUCGUGUUAGAUCAUCCCAGUUCCUGUUGGAACUACUGGAAUUGGAAAGUCCCAACUUAGUUAACCCAUGUUGGAGUCAAGUAGUUGGCCUCAACCCUGUGCUGAGGAGGGAAAAUUAACCCAGGUUCCAGAUUGUUAAUCCAUUAAAAUCCCGUACUUGAUAGUGCACACUUGGCGUUCGGAUAGGAGCAAGAUCUGAAUCUCCUCCACCUGCAAAUAUUUACAGUUUUCACCCAUAUAGAAAGAUGGCCAUUUUGUAAAGAGGCCUGUGAAACUAUACCCCAGCAUGAGUUAGCCCCUAGGGUUUGCUUUUUAUUUUUAAAGCUGUACUAAUUGUGUGAGCCUGCCUAAACAAACUAAAAAUUAAAUUGCUUAUCACUGUUCUGUAGCUGGCCAGAGUAGACCGACUGGCUUGCAACAAGAGUCCCCAAGUCUUGGCUCUUGCUAACCUGCAUCUAAGUUAUCUUGGUUUGGUUGUGUCUCGCUCCGGGGAACUCUUGUAUCAAGCAAACAGGAUCGUUCCUCAUUAAUUUCUCAGGCUCAGUUUGAUGACUGUUGAGCAUGGAUUUCAGUGCAUGACUGCCACCUGACUGACCGGAAAGAAGCCAGUUUCUAGCGGCAGUGUUUCCUUAAGUGUUCUGUUUCGCACUCCACCUUUAGUGAAUCUGUUUUUAUGAGAUGCUAGUCAGCUUGCUUCAAUGUGAGUCCUUUAGCAAAGACAAUAUUUUUAAGGUUAGGAAAUGGAAUUCUUUGGUUUAACCAGAAGUGUUGCAGCCUUUUUAAGGCCAGUUUUCUUGCAGUUUAGACCUAACUAACAUAUAAUAAUCUCUGUAAUUUUGUGUAAUAUGCAUCACAAUGGCCAGGGUACUGGUAAAACAAUUGAACAUGUGCAAUUUUAAUACCAAAAAAAAAACAACUCCCAUUAAAUGUGAACAAUCGCAGGAAGUUUUUGGAAUGCAAGAGCUGUACUACACAACACUUCUCGCUUUAUUUUUCUUCUGUCCCUUGCCACCUGCUUGUUAAAAAUACAUUUUCCUCCACUUAAAAGUAGGUAGCAGGUUUCUCCAGAGCCCCUCUGACCAGCAAGCGAAAGCAAGAUGGUAAAAGGCUUUUGUUCCAGUCCCUGUUUGCCACCCUCCCUCCCUCCUCACUAUUUUUCUCUGCUUCCUUUUGAAAAAAAAAUGAUGUAACAUCCAUGCUUUUCUAUGAUACUUUCUUUCUAUUGUUCAGCCACAAAUUGAAUGUGACCUCUCAAUGAUGUAAUACACAGUUAGAUACAAUCAAAUGGCUCAUGCCCUGGGGGGCUUGAACCCCUAACUUUUCAUUCGGAAGUAAGAGAUUUAAUGCAUAUGUUUCAGUUAUCAGAACUAAGUGUUCCCUCUUUUAGCCUAACCAGUAAACUGCAAAAAAAAAAGGCUUUCAUUUUACAGGAUAGUUUAUGGAUGUGUGUCAACCCUGUUGGACUCAACAACCAAUUUAUUUGAAAAUGUUGAUGCUAGUCUGCAUACUUUGAAUUGUGGAGUAGGGUGUGCUGAUGUUGCUUCUGAAAUGCUGAUCAUGAAAAAGGCUAUGUAUUGGUUUAAACUUUAUGCCAGAUUAGUGGGAGGCAGUAAUUUUAUUGAUCUUGAUUGUCACUAGGGGGUUCAGACCCAUUUGCAUCAUUCUAAUUCUUCUAACCAGUCCCCAUAAAUCUAUUUAAUGAAUAGAACUUAGACUGAUAUAAUGCAAGAAACAAAUUGCCUAUGACUGCAUUUAUCCUGUAAAAUUGUUUUCCUACAAUAUUACCACUCCAUGUUGGUUAAUUUGUAUAACCUGUAUCUGAUGCAUUUAGAAUAUGGGGGUUAUAAGUGGAGCCAUUCUUCAGUUUUGUUAGUGAGGGGAAGCAGGUUUCUGUCAGCUUUAUAGACUUAGAGUCAAACACAGCAAAAACUUUGAGCAUUCCAUCAGAAUUAAUUAAAUUUUAAUUCAGUUUUCAACUGGCAGACCUGAAGCAUAAUAUAUUUUCCCAUUUUAAUGAGUUGGUCUAUAUGGGCAUAUAAUCUUGUGUUUAAGGUGUAUGUUCAUGCUUUUGGCCACCACCUCACUAAUCGGGUAAUGACUUGUCAAUGCAUGUGAUUGCAGUUUUUUCCCCAUUAAACUUGCUGGCAAUUUGUAAAGGGAUAGAUGAUACAGCCCUCAAUUACUCAGCUGGUAAAGGUUGUACGUAACUAAAUCAUUAGACACCAGAAUGUUGUCUGACUCCUGGUAUGUGCCGAGUUUGCUGAUCUUAACUGGGUGGCAGUAGAUGCUGCUACAAUUGGCCCCUAUAUCCUGGAUGAGGGAAAAGGAAAAUUGCCCCAAGAUGCUAGAACUUGGAUGUGUUUCCAGUGAGCCCUGCUGAAAAUGCAUUUGUGUAGAAAUUGAUGGGGAUUGGGUGCCUAAGAAUGCCCUGUUGGGUGGUGUGUUGGAGAGCUAUGGAACUGCACCUUGUUGGGCCUCAAAAUCCUCAUGAGGAGGAAGGGUGAAACCACAGCAAUGUAUUAGAUCUGGAGUUUACAGUAAGUGUUUGUAUCAAUUCAUGAGGGGAGAGAUGAAGGGAAACUACUGAAUGUCCACUACUUUGUUCAGGAAAUAACUGGAAUCUGAAGCCAUGGGUGCUGCACUUUGUUUAGAGUUAUGUAUAAUUAACUUAUCCACUGUGAUAUUAAGAGGAAACCGUAUUCUCAUCUUAUCUGCAUGAUACUUUGACAUCUGAUGAUGAUUUGAAGUGAUUUGUGGGCAAGAGAAAGAUGGAACCUAGCUUAUUAUCCAAUGGUAAUAACUUGCUUUUUUAAAUAUUGAUUUUCACUUUUGAGGCUUGCUAAUUUUUCCCUUUUCCAGAAAGUGGGUGAAUAGGAAGGAGGCAGCUGAUGUGAUUCCUCGUCUCUUCCUCAGCUCCUUCAAUAUAAUUACUGCUGCACUAAAACCAGAAGUUAGGCAAAGCCUCAUCGAAAAGAAUUUGGAAAUCUGUUUCUCUCUAGCACACAUCAUGCAUCAAUUUGUAUAGUCCUUGUUCUAGUCAUUAAGCAUUAGUGAAAGUUUCUGAUCAUGUGUUGAUGGGCCACCCACAGUCCAUCCACAUAUGUAUGAGUUGCUGGUACUGUUCUGUUUUUUUUUCUCCUUCCAUCCUUUUUGUUGCUGUGGAAGUAAAAUUUAGCAUCUGUUACAUUAUCAGUGAAUGCACUGAUGUUUAAGUUAUUGACAUUAACCCAUGGUUAUGUUGUAACCAAGCAUUUUGUAUCAAUACAAAAUAACAGGAAAACUUUCUUUUUAGAUCUGUGCUUUUUUUCUACCCUAUUAAAAACUAUUAUUCCUUACUCCAGUCUUGAAUUUACCUUGUUUUUUAUGGUUUGGAGGACAUUCACAGCUUCCUCCAAGCCCCACUCUUUAAAUUGCCUCCUGCUGAUGCAGGCAAACAACCUCGUUUCACUUUGCCAACCAUCCCUAGCAAUUACUUAUCCACUGCUCUGCAUCUUUCAGAGAGGCAGCUUAAAGUUAGGAGGCAUAUCAACCAAAAAAAAAAUCAAACAAGGACCAAACAAAUCAGCAACCCAGCUCUCUUGCUUUGAGUGCCAUUAUGAUGGUCCCCAGCAUAGUGUUGAAAUUUUUGUGUCCAACCUUGUUACAGACAAAUGAAUUCCAUUGCAAUAAUGUAUCUACAAAGUCUGCUGUAAUGUCACGUCAAGCAUCCGGAAAUCCAUUGGAUAAUAGCUGUGUUGCACUCUUUCACUCAUGCCCUGAAAGCAAGUUACCCAAUGUUAUAUAAAAGGCACUGAUAUUAAUUUGAUUUAAAAUAAAAUGAAUUUGGUAUUUUAAGUAAAUAGCAUUAGAAAUAUUUUCAAGUAAAUCCCUUAGGAAGUUUGAUGGAUGUAAUUUCUGAAGCUGCAACAUAAUUUAAAGAAAUCCAGGUAAUUUCUCGUCAGAACUUUGAGCUUUCUUUAUCGUGUCGAAUUUCCAGUGUAUGAUACCUAAAGAUUGUAAAUCAUGUUAAUAUUUCUGUGUUUAAUCCUUUUGUAAAGCUGAAUUUGAUUGUUCCAGAAAUGGGUUAGGCUACUAAGGUAAUUCUUGCCUCUUGGCACAAGCUUCUUAUCCUGUUUAUCUAUGUAAAAAUAGUUAACAUUGUAAAAAAAAAUAAAAGCUUAUCUUUAAAACAGA